CACCAUGCACUUAAGAGACUUCCAUAGUCCCACGCAUCCCCUAUACCCACCACCACAUACAUCAUAACCCUCUCCAUUUCUCUCCACAGAGCCCCCUGGCCUGUUCACAGACACCAUUUUAUAGGCACUACAACUGGUUUCUCUUGAGCACUUCCAAUGUCAAUCUUGGCUCAACAUAAAUACCCUUUAAGUUCCCGACACCAUGUUCGCACGUGCCGCUCUCCGUCCCUCCGCGCACAUGUGUAUUGCGCUGCCACUACAACCACCACCACCGAGCCAAAGUCUAGUCCUGAUCGUUUAGUCAUUGAACCGCAACUCAAUCCCUCACCAACGGUGAUCACAGCCACAGCUCCUAACCGCCCCAUUCUUAACGACCCAACAUUGACAUCAACAUGGUCUCAUCGUGCAUGGGUAGCAAGUGGGUGCACCACAGUGUUCAUCUCUCUAGCAAAGGCAACAACGGGCGCAGCCGAAUCACAAAUGUGGCUCGAACCCAUUUUAGCUGGCUUGGUUGGCUACAUUUUAGCCGACCUUGGAUCUGGAAUCUACCACUGGGGUAUUGACAACUAUGGCAGUGCCUCGACUCCACUCUUUGGCACCCAAAUAGAGGGUUUCCAAGGUCACCAUAAGUGGCCAUGGACGAUCACUAGGCGCCAAUUUGCCAACAACUUGCACGCCCUAGCUCGUGCCGUGACCUUCACAGUGCUCCCACUCGACCUUGCUUUCAAUGACCCAGUUUUUCAUGGCUUCGUUGCUGCGUGCUCCGGUUGCAUUAUGUUCAGCCAGCAAUUUCAUGCUUGGGCUCAUACAACAAAGAGCCGGCUUCCGCCUCUUGUGGUGGCUCUGCAAGAUGCAGGACUUCUAGUGUCGCGUUCACAGCAUGCUGCUCAUCAUCGUCCACCUUAUGACAAUAACUACUGCAUAGUGAGUGGCGUGUGGAAUGAGUUUUUGGAUAAGCAAAAGGUUUUUGAGGCAUUGGAGAUGGUGUUGUUCUUUAAGCUAGGAGUGCGACCCCGGUCUUGGAGUGAUCCCGGGUCUGACUGGACCGAACAGACGCAGAGCCCUUCUCAAAUUACAGCCCAUUGAGUCACUGACUUUUCUCUUCUCUUCUUCUUCUUUUACAUGGUCUAGUUUUCUUGCUAGAAUUUAUGAUGUAUGGUUCGUGAAUUCAUGUUAUUGCAAAUUUGCAAUGCAAGAUACGUGUUUCAUUUGUGGAUAUAUACACAUUUGCAAAUAAUUCAGCGAUAUAUAUAUAUAUAUAAAAAAUUUCUGUUCAGCGA